CAUUCAAAACCAGCCGAGGGAAAGCGUCCAAGCAACUCCCCGUGUCCAUCACUUCGCACAGGCAUCAGACAUCCAACACCAGCUUUCCGAAAACCAACAAUAACUCGCGAUCCGGAGAGAAAAACCCCAAGAUGGCCCCUAUAUCCAUCAAAUCUGUUUUAAUCAGUGAAAGUGUUGACCCUCGCUGCAAGACGAUUCUGGAGGAAAAUGGCAUCCGAGUUACGGAAAAACCAAAUAUGAAAAGGGAUGAAUUAAUGGCGGAGAUUAAGGACUACGAUGGGCUUGUGGUUAGAUCUGCGACAAAGGUAACGUCUGAUGUCAUCAAUGCUGCUGAUAAUCUCAAGAUCAUUGGAAGAGCUGGAACUGGUGUGGACAAUGUGGAUGUUGAUGCUGCCACCAAGAAGGGUAUUAUUGUCAUGAACACACCAAGCGGCAAUACGAUCAGUGCGGCGGAGCUGACAUGUGCUCUGCUGAUGAGCCUCUCAAGAAAUGUGCCUCAAGCUGCGAUGUCGAUGAAACAAGGGAAUUGGGAUCGCAAAAAAUUCAUGGGUGCAGAGCUGUACGGCAAGGUACUUGGAAUAGUUGGACUUGGAAGAAUAGGAAAGGAAGUCGCCUCAAGAAUGCAAUCAUUCGGCAUGAGGACAAUCGGCUACGACCCUAUCACUCCUCCUGAGGUGACAGCCAGCUGGGGGGUGGAGCAAAUGUCUCUGGAGCAGCUGUGGCCCCAGUGUCACUAUAUUACUGUCCACACUCCCCUGAUGCCCUCUACUGUCGGUCUGCUUAAUGAUGAAACGUUUGCUAAAUGCAAGAAAGGCGUGAAGGUUGUGAACUGUGCCCGAGGGGGCAUCAUCGAUGAGGCGGCUCUCGUCCGAGCUUUGGAGUCGGGACAGUGCGGAGGGGCCGGGCUCGAUGUUUUUGUUGAGGAGCCUCCUAAGAACCGCGCAUUGGUGGACCAUGCUAAUGUGAUCUGCUGUCCUCACCUGGGAGCCAGUACGAAGGAGGCUCAGGCUCGUUGUGGGGAGGACAUCGCUCUGCAGAUUGUGGACAUGGUGAAGGGCAAGAAGCUGGUUGGAGCAGUAAAUGCACAGGUGUUGGCCAGCACGUUCUCCCAGGAAUCUCACCAGCUGCUCAAACUCGGAGAAGCCGUCGGAGCCGUGCUGGAGUCAUGCACUUCUUCUAAGAAACCGUUUAAACAUGUCCAAAUCUCUACUCGAGGGGAUUGCAUGAAGUCCUCCUCUGGUUACAUGACUUCCUCAGUCUUGGUUGGACUGUUGGCCAAGGAGUCUGGCUGCAGCCCGAACCUCAUCAACGUACUCGACCAAGCCAAGGAGUCUGGAAUCACGGUAAACCAGACCCACUGUGCGUCUGACGAGGCUGCAAGUGGCACGUGUAAGGUGGAGAUCGUGGACAACGGCUGCAGCUACAAAGCCAGUGGUUCAGUUCGAGGUGGCGUGCCGGUCCUGCUGGAGCUGAGCGACAGCGUGUUCAGACAGCCGGUCUCUCUCACUGGAAACCUGCUGUUCUUUAAGGCUUCCGCAGGUCCUCAGCUCCUAUCCUCAGUGGCUGGACUCCUGGCCACAGAGGGAGUGGAGAUUGAGUCCUUCAGUGCUCCCGCAAACCGCACUGGGGAUCUGUGGUAUUGUGUGGGGGUGUCCUCUCUCCUGCGAGACCUCAGUGUCUUGAAGCCUUUGGUUAAGGAGGUUGCACAGCUCACCAUUUAAAUAACUGAAGCAAUGCUACCUGAAAGUCUUAACAUCUCUGAGAGUGUCAAAUAAAAUUAAUCCAUCUUGGUCUUAGUGUUUACAACUAACAACUUUGUUUAGAGGUUGAAUAUUUGCAGUUCAAAACUUGCAUUUUAAUAACAUUCCAAAUGCUUUACAUGCACUUUGUUGAAGUAACAAAAUAAAUGUUUCAGUGUCCUGUGCAGUUUAUUGUUUGACCUUUUUAAAAACAGAGAUUUGAAAUAAAGUACAAUUACUAAACAUUGCAAAACAA